UGAGGGAGUCGUGUCGGCGACCCCCUGGCCCCCAAGCCCGCUGACCGCCCAAAAGGCUUGUGUGCUCUCUCGAACUCGCCAGCCGCUCGCCGCUUGCCUUGCAGGCCGUGCCUCCUACAUCAUGUGCGGUAUAUUUGCUUACUUAAACUACCAUGUUCCUCGCACGAGACGAGAAAUUUUGGAGACCCUAAUCAAAGGCCUUCAGAGACUGGAGUACAGAGGAUAUGAUUCUGCUGGUGUGGGGAUUGAUGGAGGCAAUGACAAAGACUGGGAAGCCAAUGCCUGCAAAAUCCAGCUCAUUAAGAAGAAAGGAAAAGUUAAGGCGCUGGAUGAAGAAGUUCACAAACAACAAGAUAUGGAUUUGGAUAUAGAAUUUGAUGUACACCUUGGAAUAGCUCAUACCCGUUGGGCAACGCAUGGCGAACCCAAUCCUGUCAAUAGCCAUCCCCAGCGCUCUGAUAAAAAUAAUGAAUUUAUUGUUAUUCACAAUGGAAUCAUCACCAACUACAAAGACUUGAAGAAGUUUUUGGAAAGCAAAGGCUAUGACUUUGAAUCUGAAACAGACACAGAGACAAUUGCCAAGCUUGUUAAGUACAUGUAUGACAAUCGGGAAAGUCAAGAUACAAGUUUUACUACCUUGGUGGAGAGAGUCAUCCAACAAUUGGAAGGUGCUUUUGCACUUGUAUUUAAAAGUGUUCAUUUUCCUGGCCAAGCAGUAGGCACAAGACGAGGUAGCCCUUUGUUGAUUGGUGUACGAAGUGAACAUAAACUAUCUACUGAUCACAUUCCAAUCCUCUACAGAACAGGCAAAGAUAAGAAAGGAAGCUGUAAUCUCUCUCGUGUGGACAGCACAACUUGCCUUUUCCCCGUUGAAGAAAAAGCAGUGGAGUAUUACUUUGCUUCUGAUGCGAGUGCUGUCAUAGAACACACCAAUCGUGUCAUCUUUCUCGAGGAUGAUGAUGUCGCUGCAGUGGUGGAUGGCCGUCUUUCUAUCCAUCGAAUUAAACGGACUGCGGGAGAUCACCCUGGACGAGCUGUGCAGACCCUCCAGAUGGAACUCCAGCAGAUCAUGAAGGGCAACUUCAGUUCAUUUAUGCAGAAGGAAAUUUUUGAGCAGCCAGAGUCAGUUGUGAACACAAUGAGAGGAAGAGUCAACUUUGAUGACUAUACUGUGAAUUUGGGCGGUUUGAAGGAUCACAUUAAGGAGAUCCAGAGGUGUCGGCGUUUGAUUCUUAUCGCUUGUGGAACAAGUUAUCAUGCUGGUGUAGCAACACGUCAAGUUCUUGAAGAGCUGACUGAGUUGCCUGUUAUGGUGGAGCUAGCCAGUGAUUUCCUGGAUAGAAACACCCCUGUUUUUCGAGAUGAUGUUUGCUUUUUCAUUAGUCAGUCAGGCGAGACAGCAGAUACCCUGAUGGGUCUUCGGUACUGCAAGGAGAGAGGAGCUUUAACUGUCGGGAUCACAAACACGGUUGGCAGUUCCAUAUCGAGAGAGACAGACUGUGGAGUUCACAUCAAUGCUGGGCCCGAGAUCGGGGUGGCCAGCACAAAGUCAAUUCCCACUCCUACCCCUCUGCCUCAGCCUCAGGCAUACACAAGCCAGUUUGUAUCCCUUGUGAUGUUUGCUCUUAUGAUGUGUGAUGACAGGAUCUCCAUGCAAGAGAGACGCAAAGAGAUCAUGCUUGGAUUGAAGCGGCUGCCUGAUUUAAUUAAGGAAGUUUUGAGCAUGGAUGAUGAAAUUCAGAAACUGGCAACAGAACUUUAUCACCAGAAGUCAGUCUUGAUAAUGGGACGUGGCUAUCAUUAUGCUACUUGUCUUGAAGGGGCCCUAAAAAUCAAAGAAAUCACUUACAUGCACUCUGAAGGUAUCCUUGCUGGUGAGUUGAAACACGGCCCUCUAGCUUUGGUGGAUAAGUUGAUGCCUGUCAUCAUGAUCAUCAUGAGAGAUCACACCUAUGCCAAGUGUCAGAAUGCUCUUCAGCAGGUGGUUGCUAGGCAGGGACGGCCAGUGGUGAUCUGUGAUAAGGAAGACACUGAGACCAUUAAGAACACAAAAAGAACAAUCAAGGUGCCACACUCAGUGGACUGCCUGCAGGGCAUUCUCAGCGUGAUCCCCUUACAGUUGCUGGCCUUCCACCUGGCUGUGCUGAGAGGCUAUGAUGGACACGGGUUUGAGCCCUGGUCCGGGAACAUCCCCACAUGCUGUGGAGCAACUAAGCCUGUGUGCUACAACUACAGAGCCUGCUCUCUAGAGCCCGCGAGCCACAACUGCUGAGCCUGCGCCCUAGAGCCCACGAGCCACAACUACUGAGCCUGCGUGUCACAACUACUGAAGCCUGUGCACCUAGAGCCUGUGCUCUGCAACAGCAGAAGCCACCACAGUGAGAAGCCUGUGCACUGCAGU